GGAAACACUCGGAACCAUGCCUGACCCACCCACCGUCAAAGCGCCCAAGAAAGGCUCCAAGAAAGCCGUGUCCAAGGCUGUCACCAAGGGCGGCAAGAAGAGGAGAAAGUCCAGGAAGGAGAGCUACGCCAUCUACGUGUACAAGGUGAUGAAGCAGGUCCACCCCGACACAGGCAUCUCCUCCAAGGCCAUGGGCAUCAUGAACUCGUUCGUGAGCGACAUCUUUGAGCGCAUCGCCGGUGAGGCCUCUCGUCUGGCUCACUACAACAAGCGCUCCACCAUCACCUCCAGGGAGAUCCAGACCGCUGUCCGCCUGCUGCUGCCCGGCGAACUGGCGAAGCACGCCGUGUCUGAGGGAACCAAGGCCGUGACCAAGUACACUAGCUCCAAGUAGACCUCAUCUAGAACACCAACCCAAAGGCUCUUUUAAGAGCCACCCACUUCUUCUGAAGACCAUUUCCUAAUGUCUCUAUCAAUAAAUCUAUAUUGUUAUAUUAACAUUCAAUGGAAAAAAGUGUAGGAUUGCGAUACAAUUUUUGAGAAGUAACUGCCAUCUUAGUGGUAAAAUAACAAGUGACUUGGAGAUAUGGAGAGACAAAAGC